UCGGAACCAAAGGAAGAGCAGAAAAAUGGCGUGGUUUAACACCUAUAUUCUAUUUAAUUAAGUGUUAGUUAAAUAAAGUGUAGGAAAUUUGCGGCUGAAGUAGUAUAUUGGAAAUACAUUGAUCGUUCAUUGGUCAAUGAAGUAGAGAAAAAAUUGCUUAUGAAAAUAUAAAAAUUUGACGAAUAUAAUUAUUAUAAAUAUUAACGUUCAUUCAACAGGUAGUAAAAUUUCAGUAUCUUUAUAUAAAAAGUAAGGUUCUAAUUAAAAAGGUUUAAAUAAAAGAAGAAUUUCCGAAAAGAAGCCGGAAGGUGGCGGAUAGAAUAAAGUACGGCAGCGCUAUCUACAUCGUUGGGACGAGCAAGCGUGGCUAAUCAAAGCACCAAAAGGAAAAUGAGCAGUUCUGAGGAGGUAUCCUGGAUUUCGUGGUUUUGCAAUCUUAGAGGCAAUGAAUUUUUUUGUGAGGUCGAUGAGGACUAUAUUCAGGACAAGUUUAAUUUAACUGGAUUAAAUGAGCAAGUACCACAUUAUAGGCAAGCAUUAGAUAUGAUACUUGAUCUUGAACCUGCUUGUUUUUAUCCUGUAGAUGAUGAAUUGGAUGGCCAUCCAAACCAGUCUGAAUUAAUUGAACAAGCUUCAGAGCUUCUUUAUGGACUAAUUCAUGCACGUUACAUUCUCACUAAUCGUGGCAUUGCUCAAAUGAUUGAAAAAUAUCAAGCUGGAGAUUUUGGUCAUUGCCCACGUGUAUAUUGUGAAUCCCAACCUAUGUUGCCUCUGGGCCUUAGUGAUGUCCCUGGCGAAGCAAUGGUUAAAAGUUAUUGUCCAAAGUGUAUGGAUGUUUAUACACCUAAAAGCUCUCGACAUCAUCAUACUGAUGGAGCAUAUUUUGGAACAGGGUUUCCCCACAUGCUUUUUAUGGUUCAUCCAGAAUAUAGACCUAAACGUCCCUCAAAUCAAUUUGUACCUAGGUUAUAUGGCUUUAAAAUUCAUCCUCUAGCAUAUCAGUUUCAACAACAGUCUGCAUCAACAUUUAAAGCACCAUUGCGAGCUGUUAAUUAUAAUAAUGGAAAACGUUAAGAACAUUGCAACAUAGUCUAGAACAUUUUUUCAUUACUCAAAAUACAAUUCCUAAUUUCGUCCCUAAGGAUUAAAUAAAAUAUUAUUUUUUAUAUUGAUCUUUACACAUCUUAGCAGGGCGCUGAAAUACUAAUCGUUUUGUUUAAUCAUUCUGUAAUUUAAAGUUUGAAUGCGACACUCUAACUUUUCGGAAUUUUCCACGGUAUUUAUAGCGUACCGAAAAGAUUAAGAGCGAUGUACCAAACUAUCAAUGUUCACCAAGCGCCAUGUUCAUUUUUAUUUCAGCUUUAGUGACAAUUUUCUUUCGUGUCAAAAAUCAUACUUGUAUGGUUAUAUCAAUUCUGGUCGAUUGAAACAACAAAAAUGAAAUGCAUACUUAAAAUAAUUACUAGGGAGUAAGGAUGCAGAUGAGAAUUAUGAUAAAGCGUAUCUGUUUAAAUGUUUUACAUCUCCGUAAUUGCUACCUACUAAUGCUUAAAACACAAGACCGAUCUCGAAAUAGAGGAGCAAGUAGCAGCGGAUAUCGAUUGUUUUUUUAAGCAAGAAUAACGAUAAUUAUAUAAAUUGAAAAUUUGUUAAAUAUAAUUUAAUUUAAAUAUUAAUUAAGCUGCUAAAAAAAGCAAUUUAUUUAUACAUGAUUUAUCUUAAUAAAUAUUAAGCUCACAGAUAAAUAAGGUAUAAAGCAAAUUUAAAAGUAAA